GGCUCCACAGCUGGCGAGAAGCUGGUCGUAACUCCUCCAGCCCCAGCCUCUGAUGAUGGGAAUCAAGAAGAUAAAGGCAGAACUGUCUGGUGCUUCCACACUGUGCUCAGAGCUCCCUUCUGACUCCAGAAGUGUGGGCAUCACUGCAGCCCAUGGCAGAAGCUGGCUGGAACAUGAAGUGGAUUCUGGGCUUGAGCCUCACCCUGUGCCUGGUAGUCCAGACAGCCUUAGGUGCUUUGCACACCAAGGAACCUCUCCUGAUCACCAAAUACGGGAUCCUCCAAGGAAAGCAAGUGCAUGUGGGAGACACACCCAUCCAAGUCUUCCUGGGAAUCCCCUUCUCUAAACCUCCGGUGGGCACCCGCAGGUUUGCUCCUCCAGAGCCCCCGCUACCCUGGAACGGCAUCAGAGAUGCCACCACCUACCCACCUUCGUGCCUUCAGGAAUCCUGGGGACAGAUAUUAUCCAUGUACCUUAACACGCGGAAACAGUAUAAAUGGCUGCAUUUCAGUGAGGACUGCCUCUACCUGAAUGUGUACGCGCCAGUGCUCGCCCCUGGGGCCCCUCUGCUGCCAGUGAUGGUUUGGUUUCCUGGAGGUGCCUUCCUCGUCGGUUCGGCUUCCACCUACGAAGGCUCAGAGUUGGCGGCCCGUGGGAAAGUGGUGCUAGUGUUUCUGCAGUACAGGCUGGGCAUCCUGGGCUUCUUCAGCACCGGCAACAGCCAUGCCCGCGGGAACUGGGGGCUGCUGGACCAGAUAGCUGCUUUGCGGUGGGUGCAGGAGAACAUCGAAGCCUUUGGUGGAGACCCGGACAGUGUAACACUAUUUGGUCAGUCGGCGGGAGCUAUGAGCGUCUCAGGACUGAUGAUAUCACCCCUAGCCCAGGGCCUGUUCCAUCAAGCCAUCUCCCAGAGUGGUACUGCGGUCCUGAAAGCCUUCAUCACUCCCGAUCCACUGACGUCAGCCAAGAAGAUUGCUCACCUGGCUGGCUGCGACCACAAUAGCACGAAGGUCAUGGUGGAAUGCCUGAGGUCUCUCUCAGCGAAGGAGGUGAUGCUUGUUUCCAAGAGGAUGUCAUUCUUUCAGGCUAACUCCCAUAAAGAUCCAAAGGAGAUCGUGUGGUUCCUGAGCCCGGUGGUAGAUGGUGUGGUGUUCCCAGAAGAUCCUGUGCUGCUCCUGACCCGGCGGCAGGUUAAACCUGUGCCCUACCUCCUGGGUGUCAACAACGCAGAGUUCGAGUGGAACUUGCCUUUUCUCAUGAAGGUUCGGCUAAAUCAGCAUAUGAUGAACCAAACCAACAUCAACAAAAUACUCUGGAGUUUCAACGUUCUGCUGAAUAUCACUAAGGAGCAGAUCCCAGUGGUGGCAAGAGAGUAUUUGAAUGACGCUAUCAGUAACCAUGACUGGAAGAUGUUCCGAAAUCGCUUGAUAGACCUAAUUGGAGAUGCCACCUUUGUCUACACCACACUCCAAGCUGCGAGGUACCACCGAGAUGCUGGCUCCCCCGUCUAUCUGUACGAGUUCAAGCACCAUGCUUCUUCGGGCAUCAUCAUCAAACCUUACGAUGGAGCAGACCAUGGAGACGAGCUUUCCUAUCUCUUUGGAAGACCUUUCUCCAAAGGCUCAUCUGCAGGUGAGGAAAAGGAAUUCAGCCUCCAGAUGAUGAAAUACUGGGCCAACUUUGCUCACACUGGGAACCCCAAUGGCGAAAAGCUGCCCUACUGGCCACGCUUUGAUAAGGAUGAGAAGUACCUGCAGUUGGACUUCGAUACAAGAGUGGGUGUGAAGCUCAAGGAGAAAAAGAUGGCUUUCUGGAGUCAGCUGCGCCAGUCUCAGAAACCUUAGAAGCACCAGCUGUACUGAGAGUGACCAAGCAAGAGGGAGCUAUCCUACCAUUCUGCCUCAAGGAGACUGGCCCUGGAUACAUCUGAGGACAGGAGUCCUCUCCACUCAAUCUAGGACAUGUAAAUAUUUCUGACUGCCUUCAGGCUGUAGCUGGAACCCUAGUCCAUCGUAUGGGGCUUAGUACUACCAGUCUAGCCUGAUGUCCCAUAACACCUUAUAGCUCAUUAUCUAAACCAAGCCAGGGCCUUUCAUCCCCCGCCCCACCUUAGUCCCAUCUCAGAACCAUCUCUUGUCUCCAUUUCAUAAGACCUCGUAUCCUUCAUGAUGUAUCUGCAGCCCUCUCUUAUGGAAAGUUCACACACUGCCACUUCCUGUCAUUGUACCCUGCCGUGAUUGAUCAUCUACUCUGUUCAACUUACUUACUGAUGAUGGCCUCGAGGCCCCCAGACAAUCCAUUCAUGAUAUGGUGAAAAGCUUUGAUGGCUUGGGAUCUGUAUCCUCUUCUCACACUCACCUCCCCCGGGGUGCUUCCAAAGCCUGUACCUAGAGAUUGUCCUCAAUAAAAACUAUGUUGACUUGA